AUUCAGAGAAAGUUUAUGGAUCGCCGCUCUACCCGUUUAUUCUAACACCAGAUGUCAUCAUCCCAGCGCGACGCCUACGUAGAACAACCUGCGACGAACAUCGUGACCGGUGUUGGAAAACAUUUUUGACACGAUAAACUGGUUGGACAGGGGAUGGCAGACCUUGGACUGAAGGAGGGGGACAGGGUGCUGCUGACAUGGACUCAGCCAUCAUCUCCCGCUGCACUGAAGGAGUUUGCUGAAAGUCUUGGCUCUAUUGUUGGUAACCAGAGUCUGGUGUCUUUGGAGAACAUGGAGAGACUACAACUUUCUUCUCAUGCAGCUUCAAGUUAUGACUGGGUUCUCUCAGGCCUUCUGGCUGAUAGCUCACCAAUCCACACUUCUGAAAUGCUGGCUGAGAUCGCCAGAGUGAUGAAACCUGGUGGGAAACUUGUGCUAGAAGAGCCGGUAACAGGUUCUGAAGACAGUGGUGUGAGAACCGCUGGGAAAGUGAUGUCAGCUCUUAAACUGUCCGGAUUGGUGUCUGUCACAGAGGUGAAGACGGAGCCACUGAGCCCAGAAGCAGCCGCAGCUCUGAAAGAGCGCACAGGGUUCCAGGGAAACUCGCUUUCAAGGGUGCGAAUAUCGGCAUCUAAACCUAACUUUGAAGUCGGAUCCUCGACGCAACUGAAACUUUCCUUUGGCAAGAAAACAACUACGACAGAGAAACCAGCUCUUGAUCCAAGCAUUGCACAAAAGUGGACUCUAUCAGCCAAUGAUAUGGAUGACGAUGAUGUGGAUUUGGUGGAUUCAGAUGCACUUUUGGAUGCUGAUGAUCUGAAGAAGCCUGACCCGUCCUCCCUCAAGGCUUCCUGUGGAGAUGACUCCAAAAAGAAAAAAAAAGCCUGCAAAAACUGCACUUGUGGUCUUGCUGAAGAACUGGAACAGGAGAGUAAAGCCGUUCAGAAAGCCAGUCAGCCCAAAUCAGCAUGUGGAAGUUGUUAUUUGGGCGAUGCCUUCCGAUGUGCCAGCUGUCCAUAUCUAGGCAUGCCUGCCUUCAAACCUGGGGAGAAGGUUCUGCUGGCCAACACUGAUAUAGCUGAUGCAUAGACGCUCAGUUUUGAGACAUUAUUACAUUCCGUUAUGAUUCUGCAACAUGAAGACCCAGAUGACAGUGUCAAGUUCAGAGUGUCAUGUCCAUCAAUCAAAUGCACUAAAGUUACCAAAUGCAUGUACACUUGGUUGUAAACAUCUCUCACCAUCAGAUUGGUAGUCUUUAAAUAUGUCAAAUAGUAUCCAGAGAGAUCAGAUGUUCAAAAUAUGAAUAAAUCUCUGCAUUAUAUCAGUCCCAUCUUCAUGUAUAAGCAAUGAAAGUACAAUGUUUUAUUUGAAAAUCCAAAGCAGUUGCUCAUGUAUUUUGCCUUCUGUAUAGUGUAAUUUGACUUUUUUAAGCUAAAAUGAAAUGCUUAAUAAAAUUUGCUAAAAUAAUA